AUGCCAGGGUUGCAGGAACAGCAGAGGGAGGGGUUGUUGUGCCUGUUGGUCCUCCGUGUUCCCUCUGCCCCAGGUUGGCCCAAGGACUGCAGUGAGCUGCCCUCUGGCAGCUCCAGUGGUAUCUACCUCAUCCAGCCCAAGGGACUGCAACCCAUCGUGGUGUACUGUGAAAUCAGCAGGGAAGAUGGAGCCUGGACCGUGAUCCAGAGGAACCAGAGAGACACACCAGUCACCUGGGAUGAGUCUUGGAGCACCUACAAGUACGGAUUUGGGAAUGUGCGCACCGAGUACUGGCUGGGCACGGAGUACAUCCACCAGAUCACCAAGCAGAAGGUCUACCAGGUCAGGUUUGUCAUCUGGAAUGCUGAAAACCUCAUGAAAUAUGCAGACUACAACCUGUUCAGCCUGGGUGAUGAGUCCCAGGGCUACCAGCUGAGGCUGGGAGCGCACUCAGGGACAGCAGAGGAUGCCAUGGCCUCGAAGGGGACCACCACCAUGCACGACAACAUGAAGUUCUCUGCCAAAGAUCGGGAUCAGGACACUUGGAGUUCAAACUGUGCUGCCAGCUAUGGGGGUGCAUGGUGGUACUCAGCAUGUUACUCUGUGAGGCUGAACUUCAAGGGAGCCAUGACAUGGGGCAGCCUGUGCAAUGGGAACUGCAGAGCCUCAGCCAUCCUCAUCAAACCUGUCAACCACUGCUAA